UACCAACAAAGCGUGCAACUGCGUACCACCUGAUCCCUGACCACGGAACCACACUCCUGCCUGCACCCGCAUUACAUAUUCUGAUAUACCCAGCAGCACUAGCCACACCUCCGAUCCUGUUGCAACGCACGGCACCAACAGUCAUCCACCAAAUGAGCGACCUCCUCUCCUACAUUUCUAAGAUGCUGUGCAUCAAGGCACCGUCGGAGGCAACGCAGGCCGGCGACGAUGGCGGCGGCGGUUGCCCCGCGGAUGAGUGCCGCGUCUGCCUGUCUAGGAUCCGCGUUGGCGAGGCCACUCGGCGGCUGCCGUGCCGCCACGUUUUCCACCGCGACUGCGUCGACCGCUGGCUGGCGUCCUGCAAGCGGACCUGUCCGCUCUGCCGGGUUUACGUGACCGACGGGAACAGGCGGCCGGUGGCAGCGAAGCGCACCGCUGAAUCACCACACGCCGACGACCUCGUGAUCUGGUUCUCCACCGUGCUCGUCCCCGGUUUCUGAUGUCAAAAACUUUUUUAAAUUUUUUUAUCUUGAAGCCGUGAUUUUCAGCAUUUCUUACGACUUAUCGGUGCCUGUUAAUAACGUGAGUCUGUAGAGCAUUUUCAGAAAA